AUGCCUCCCUUCCCAGGCCGCACGAUCAACUUCGGCAAAUUCAAUGUAACGUCGCAGGUCUUCCACCUUACCCCCCACUCCUUCGCCCUUGUCAAUCUCAAACCUCUCCUCCCGGGCCACAUCCUCGUCUGUCCCCUCCGUCCCCUUCCACGCCUAUCCGACCUCUCCCAGCCCGAAAUCAGCGACCUCUUCACCACCGUGACCCGCAUCCAACGCACCCUCACCCGCCUCUACAAAGCCGACGCCUUCAACGUCGCUGUCCAAGACGGCGAGGCAGCGGGCCAGAGCGUACCGCAUGUGCAUUGUCAUGUGAUACCGCGGACGGUCGGGGAUCCUGGGGGCGGGGAUAAGGUGCAUGAGUGGUUGGAGGGCGAAGAGGGGGACGUAGGACGGCAUCAGAGGGAGUGGGCGAAGGAUGAGGAGAGGAAGCCGAGGGGGAUGGAGGAGAUGGAGAAGGAGGCUAGGUGGCUGAGGGAGGAGAUGGGGAGGGAUGAGGAGGGGGCGGGGAGGCUUUGA